AUGUAUUGUCAAAAAUGCCGGACUCCACUGAAGCUAGACAGCUCUUUGGAUGACCUGAACCCGGCAGCAUUUGACUUAUUAGUCGGCGCAUCCUCGCAACAGCUCAAGAACAUCCCAUCUUCCCGUCCAGCCUAUCCUCAAGAACGCAAGCAACUCUACGAUCGAGUCUCUCGAAAUGCCAACUCCGCAACCUUCAAAAGGACUGUCACGUCCCCCCGGCGAAGCGAUACAGCUUCAGGCGAUAGCAUGAGAUCGGGACUUGGUAAUCCAGCGAUGUCCUUCGUCAUGCUCACCGAAUCACAAGUAGUGCCACCAGCUGUCGUCAAGUCUCCCGAAGAUACAAAUCCCAAGCAUCAGAGGCAAGAGGAAAGUCUAGGCAUGGACGGCGCACAGGAUGAAGGAAAAGCUAUGUCACAAGAUAUGGAGAGGGCGUCCAGGCUAUUCGAAAUCCUCUCAGCAAGGUCAGAUAUCGACCACCCAGUCUGUACGGAAUGUACCGACCUUCUAGUCGCAGGACUACAACGAAGACUGGAAGCAGCUACAAAAGAACGAGAUGCUUACGUCGGCUUCCUGAAACAAGUCAACGCAUCAGUCCCCACGGAAGAAGAAGUCAAGGAAUCACAAGCCGCUCUUUCAAAAGCCCGGAAAGAAGAGGAAGAAGCCAUAACUGAGCUCAAGAAGUUAGAAGCAGAGAAAGCAGCAGUGGACGAAGAAAUCGCCUCAUUAGAAGAAGAAGCUCGAGCACUAGACAUCGAAGAAGAGAAGUUCUGGAGCUCCCGUAACGCCUUCGCCAUAAAGCUCGCCGAAUAUCAAAACAUAAGAGAUAGCGUAAAUCUCCAAUACGACCACGACACACAACUCCUAGAAAAGCUGCAACGGACAAACGUCUACAACGACACAUUUUGCAUCUCGCACGACGGCAAAUUCGGAACCAUCAACGGCCUACGCUUAGGUCGUCUUUCCAACGUCCCAGUCGACUGGCCAGAAAUCAACGCAGCAUGGGGUCACACCGUUCUUCUCCUUCAGACUGUAGCCGAGAGACUAGGCUACCGCUUCCAGAACUACGAGCUCCAACCCAUGGGCUCAACAUCCCGCAUAAUCCGGCAUGAAACCUUCGCUCCAACCAGCUCACGCACCCGCCCUCCCAAAAAGCAUAUCCUAGAGCUCUACUCGUCAGGCGACAUGCCUCUCGGUCUGACAUUCAUGCACCGUCGCUUCGAUAUAGCGAUGGUAGCGUUCCUGGAAUGCAUGCGCCAGCUGGGGGCAUUUGUGCAGGCGGAAUCAGCUAGGGAGAGUGAGAGUGGGAGAGGUCUGGCGUUGCCGUAUAAGAUUGAGGGUGAUAAGAUAGGGGAUGUGAGUAUUAAGCUGGGCAUUGCGCAAGAUGAUGCGUGGAGUCGGGCGUGCAAAUUUACUUUGACUUGCUGUAAAUUCUUGCUGGCGCAUGCGAGCAAUGUUAAUGCUGCUGCUGGAGCGAGACGUAAUUAG